AUGCUUGCGCGAAUCGCCACGCUCAGCUUGACAGCAGUUUUCGCACAUGCAGACGUGCAUGUGCCCACGCGGGAAAUCGCUGCGGGCGUGCAGAUGCCGGUCAUCUCCAUAGGUAUUGGCGGGCUGGAGACGGCAAACGCGUCCGCCAUAGUGUCAAACUGGCUCAAGCUUGGUGGACGAGGAAUUGACACAGCCUUGGUCUACAGGGACCAAAACGUCGUGCCACAGGAGCUGCAAAAAGCAGGCAUUGAUCGCAAGGACGUUUUCAUCACUACCAAGAUUCCAGGCUGCGACUCGGCAACAGCCAGCGUUGAGUACGACCUCAAGCAGCUGCAGACAGAUUACAUCGACCUGCUGCUCAUUCACUUUCCCAAGGGCGACUGUGCCAAGGCCUGGGAGGUCCUGGAGAGCUACCACAGCAAGGGUGUCCUCAAAGCUAUUGGCGUCAGCAACUUCGACAAGAAGUCUAUGGAGUCGCUCAUGAAGACAGCCAAAGUCAAGCCAGCUGUCAACCAGAUUGAGCUCAACGUCUUGGAGUAUGACGCCGAGGCUUUGGCUUACUCCGAGUCCUUGAACAUCACUGUGGAAGCCUUCUCUCCAGUUGGCCGCAGUGGCCAUUCUGGAGACAUUCGUGACAACAAGGUGGUCAAAGGCGUUGCGGCCAGCCACAACAUCAGCACCUACCAGGUUGCUCUGAAGUGGAUUAUCCAGCAUGGACGGCUUCUGACCUUCCAGUCGAGCUCGGCAGAACACCAGGCCUCAGAUGCGGCCAUCUUUGACUUUGAGCUCAGUGAUUCCGAGAUGAAGGCCUUGGAUGCCUUGCACGGGGGCAGCUUGAUGGCGCCAAUCUACAUGUGA